AUGUACUGCCCAAGCCCAGGUGUUUAUAAGAUCAACUGCAGCUGCGGUAGUUCCUACAUUGGGCAAACGAAGCGGACCAUUGCUGAGAGGCUCAAAGAACAUAUCGCCGCAGUCAAAAACCGACAGAGCAACAAAUCAGCGAUAGCAGAACACCUGCUCCAGGCUGGUUCUAAUCACUGGGUAGAAUUCCACCGACCGCAAAUUCUCUCCACUGAUCGCCACUACCAUACAAGACUUGUGCGUGAAGCGGUUGAAAUAAAGAAAUGCCCAAAUAAUUUCAAUCGGGAGGACGGCUUUAAAUUGUCGUCGACGUGGAAUCCAGUGCUUCGCAAAACACAACCUCGCUUUCCUUCAAAGUCGGUUAACACAUCUGUGGAUAUAAUCAGCGUAGUGUGUAGACGGCCUAAUAUGGUAGAAAAUGAAAAUAAGGGGGUAGAUGAAGAUUCAUCACCCGAAUGCAGGGAGCUGUGA